AUGGAAAUAUUUAAGUGCAGAUAUCUAAACCAUGAAAAUGAAGAAAUAAUAGGAUUUUGUUUGAAUGAUUGUAAAAAUGCAACUUAAUAUUGUUAUUAAUGUUUAACAGGGAUUCAUUCAGAUCAUGAGAACGAUUGUAUUCGGUUUGUUACGAUGAGCUAAUAUAUAUAAGAAUACAUUUAAAUAAACAACAAUUAUAGUAUGCAAAUUAAAGAAAUCGUCAAUUAACUGAAGAAUUGUCUUGAGUAACUUUAAACAAAAAUGGAUCAAGAUAUUGCAAUUUUAAAAAAUAUCAAUUAUUCAUUUGUAAAUAAAGAGUAUUUGAAGUUUAAAUAGUAAAUAAAUAUCAUCAAGACAUAUUAUUCAAAGGAAAAGGAAAAAGAAAUAUGUAAGAAUUGAGUAACUUUAAUAGAAUAAUAAAUAAUAGAUUUGAAGAAAUAUCUUGAAACAAUUAAAAGUUUAUAACUUGUAUAAAAUUAAGGGAUUGAACAAGUUAAUCCUGGGAAUGUUGAUAAAAUACAAAUUAAAGAAAACAAUGAGGAAAAUGAAUAGCAGCAGCAGAUAAUUAUUUAAGAAGCAAAAAUCUUAUUUAAUCAAGGUAAUAUUAAUUAUUAGAAUUUUCAUCUAUUAAUAGAUGGUCGAAAAAGGUGAAUUUGCAGAGGC